CGGUGGGACAGUCACUCCCCUCUCUCCCAUCCUCUCUUUUUUAAAUACCAGUCCGGACGAAGACGAAGACCUGCAGAAGCACAAUCAGGCAGCAGUUUGGAACACGUUGCUUGAGCUCUACCUUGACGGAGGCUCUCCAGAACAACAGGAAAAGGCACUCAAAGUUCCGACGAGCGACACCCUACCGUGCGAUAAAACACAUGCAUUAAUUCUGUGCAGCAGCUACAGCUAUACCCGAGGUCUGGUCAUACUUUAGGAGAAGCUGGGCAUGUAUGAGGACAUUUUACGGUUUUGGAUGGACAAGCACAAUGCAUCGUCAUCCGAGUCUUCCGCGCCAACAGAAGUUGUACAGGCCCUCGUACGAUAUGGCCCAACACACCCGCACCUCUAUGGGCUGGUGCUGCGCUUCUUGACAAGUACGCCGGAGCUGCUCACGCGGCACCAGGCGGACGUGGAGAAGAUUCCGGAACACGUCGAGAAGGAGCGGAUAAUACCUCCGCUUGGUGUAGUCCAGAUACUGAGUAGGAAUGGAGUAGCGAGCGUAGGCCUUGUUAAGGACUGGCUGAUGGGACGCAUCAAGGAGGCAAGGGAAGAAAUGCAAAUUCAACUAAUCAACUCCUACCAGCUAGAAACGAAUGCGAAGUUGAAGCAAGUGGCUGAACUAGAGGACCCCAUGCAUGCAAAGGUGUUUAGUGUGACACGCUGUUCUCAGUGCAGCGAGCAGCUCGAUCUUCCCAGUGUCCAUUUCAUGUGCAACCACUUAUAUUAUUAGCGGUCCCUGCUGGACCACGAAAUCGAAUGCCCGCUUUGCGUACGCCAACAUGGAAUCAUCCAGGAGAUUCGGAGGAACCAC